AUGGCCAAGUGUGUUGCAUUUGUGCUGGCUCUGUUAGUUGCCGGUGGUUUAGGACAAACUCCCACCACGCUUCGGAACACGGUGCCGGGGGAGUUUCCAUCGGUGGUCGUGAUAACAACUCCUACACCCCGUCUGUAUUGCCUCGGAACCGUGUUAAACGAGUACCACGUGCUUACCGCAGCGCCGUGCGUGCUGACCAACGACAAUAUGCGCAUCUUCCCACCCCGUCUGGUGCAUGUGAUUGGUGGCGAUUUGACCAUCAUGCCGGUCGGAAUCCACCGUCAAACGCGUGCUGUCGAGCAUAUUUUCGUACACGAAAACUAUCGACCGCACACCAAUGAGAAUAGCUUCGCUGUUAUCCGUCUAGCAGAACCGUUCGACCUGCCGAGCAACGUCAUCGAGGAGGUGGAGAUACAGACGCGAAUCCUACCGGACGGCCAUCCGUGUGACGUGGUCAGGUGGUUCCGUCCGGGAGGCACAGGAGAACCCACUUCGGUGCCACGGCAACAGGCUUUCAACGUCAACAUCCGCAACCGUGAUGUCUGCAUCUCUCGUCGCCCUUGGGAACUUACCAUACGGGAGGAUCUGCUCUGCAUGGAGCUGACCGUCGCCAACAUAAACACCAUUGAAGGCGAUCUCAUGUUUUGCGAUGGUCGAUUAGCGGCCAUAUUAUCCUUUGUAUGGUUCAGAACUGUUGGUGAUGUGGAAACCAUGCAUAUAGCGGCCACACAACCUCGAUUCCACAGCCACUGGAUCAACCAGCAGCUCAAUCGCACCCAACCUAUGCCGGAAGGAUGGAAUCCAGUGGAGUUUUAA